CUUUAUUAGUUCAAUUAUUUUUUAGGGAAUCUUAAUAAUGAGCAACUAUGAAUUAAUUGCUAAUCAACCGGUGGUUAUUGAUAAUGGUUCAGGCGUUAUAAAAGCUGGUUUUGCUGGGGACCAAAUUCCAAAAUGCCAUUUUUCAUCAUAUAUUGGUCGACCCAAACAUGUUCGUGUCAUGGCUGGUGCACUGGAAGGAGACAUAUUUAUAGGACCUAAAGCUGAGGAUUAUCGUGGUUUGCUAAACAUUAAAUAUCCAAUGGAACAUGGAAUUGUUCAUGAUUGGAAUGAUAUGGAAAAGAUUUGGCAGUAUAUAUACUCAAAAGAACAGCUAUCUACUUUUUCUGAAGAACAUCCAGUACUGCUUACAGAAGCUCCAUUGAAUCCUCGUAGAAACAGAGAGAAAGCUGCUGAGAUUUUCUUUGAAACUUUUAAUGUUCCAGCUUUGUUUGUAUCUAUGCAAGCUGUGUUAAGUCUUUAUGCAACAGGUCGUACAACUGGUGUUGUCUUAGAUUGUGGAGAUGGUGUUACACAUUCUGUACCAAUAUUUGAGGGUUUUGCUUUACCAAACUCUAUAAUGAGAACAGAUUUAGCUGGACGAGAUGUAACUAGAUACCUUCAAUUGCUAUUAAAACGAGAAGGAUUUUCUUUUAAAACGACAGCUGAGCGUGAGAUCGUUAAGCAGAUUAAAGAGCAUGUUUGCUAUUUAGCAUUAAACCCACAAAAAGAAGAAGGUCUUGAUGGAGAAAAAACACACUAUGUUUUACCUGAUGGAAGUACAUUAGAUAUUGGAGCUGCUAAAUUCCGAGCACCUGAACUUUUGUUUCGACCAGAUUUAAUUGGAGAAGAAUUUGAGGGGUUACAUGAAGUUUUAGAAUUUGCAAUUCAAAAAUCUGACAUGGAUUUACGAAAAACUUUAUAUCAAAAUAUUGUUUUGUCUGGCGGAUCAACUUUAUUCAGGGGAUUUGGUGACAGACUUCUUAGCGAAGUAAAAAAAGUAGCACCUAAAGAUAUAAAAAUUAGAAUAUCCGCACCACAAGAACGACUCUAUUCUACCUGGAUUGGAGGAUCUAUUUUAGCUUCUUUAGAUACAUUUAAAAAGAUGUGGGUUUCUAAAAAAGAAUAUGAUGAUGAGGGACCUAGAUCAAUCACCAGAAAAACUUUUUAAUAAAAUUUCCUUUAGGAAUAAGCAUUUGUUUUGUAACUGAAAUUAUAGAUGAUACUGAAACACUGUUGCA